AUGAAAACUCAAACACAGAGAAACAAAGGAAUUCGAUGGCAAGUAAUACUUUCUUUCUUAUUUUUCUGGCUGUGUCAUUCAGUCUCUGGUCAGAUUAAUUAUUACAUUAAAGAAGAAAUGAGAAAAGACUCUCUUAUAGCAAAUACUGCUAAAGAUUUGGGAUUAGAUGUUAAGAAACUCUCAUCUAGAAAACUAAGAAUUGUAUCUCAUGCUUCAGAGAAAUACUUUUAUAUGAAUCUAGAUAAUGGAAAUCUCUAUGUAAAGGACAGGAUAGACAGAGAGACACUAUGUGGAGCAGCAGCUUCCUGCUACCUAACCUUUGAUGCUGUGGUUGAAUAUCCUUUUAAUAUUGUUAAGGUCAAAUUAGAAGUUCAAGAUAUAAAUGAUAAUUCUCCCAACUUUUUCCAUGAAAUAUUUACUUUGCAAAUUAUAGAAUCAUCUUUAGUUGGAACUAGAUAUGCUUUACAAAGUGCAGAAGAUCCAGAUAUUGGUAUUAAUUCUGUGCAGACCUAUAUGUUAAGUGAAAAUCAGCAUUUCACAGUGACCGACAAAGCCAGACCAGAUGGUACUAAAUAUCCAGAAAUUUUGUUAGAAAAAUCCCUAGAUCGAGAGGCACAGAGCAUGCUUACUUUAACUCUAACAGCCUUGGAUGGGGGAAAUCCUGUGAGAUCUGGUACUGCUGUAAUAAAAAUUAUUGUUACUGAUGCAAAUGAUAAUUUUCCAGUAUUUCUGAAAGAAAUAUAUAAAGUCAGUGUAAAUGAAAACAUUUCAACCAAUACAACAUUAAUUACUGUAAAUGCAACUGAUAAAGAUGAAGGUGUCAAUGCACAGAUCACAUAUUCAUUUAGCAAAACAUUAGGGAAUGUCCAUCAUACAGGCAUGUUUACCAUUCACCCCACAAAUGGUGACAUUAAACUAAACAGACAUUUAGAUUUUGAAGAAGUAAGACACUUUGAAAUUUCUGUACAAGCUAAGGAUGGAGGAGACCUUGUUACUCAUUGCAAAAUAUUAAUAGAAGUAAUUGACGUUAAUGACAAUGAACCACAGAUACUAAUUAGCACAUUAUCCACACCAAUACCUGAGGAUUCUGCAGUUGGCACUAUGGUAGCGCUAAUUGAAAUUCAUGAUCAGGAUUCUGGAGACAAUGGAGAGGUUGACUGUCAGAUACUUGAUGCUAUGCCUUUUGACUUGAUAUUGUCAUCUGACAGUUAUUACAGAAUAGCUACAAGGACUUUUAUGGACAGAGAACAACAGUCAUCUUAUAAUAUCACCAUAGUAGCUACUGACAGAGGAUCUCCUCCACUUUCCAGAAGAAGAACCAUCAGACUGGACAUUUUAGAUGUAAAUGACAAUCCACCAGUAUUUCAGAAAUCCUCUUACAUUGCGUAUGUGCCAGAGAAUAAUUUGCCAGGAGCCUCAAUAUAUUGCAUACAUGCCUUAGAUCUUGAUAGUGGAGAAAAUGGCAAAAUUACUUACUCAGUCUCGAACAUAAAUACAUCAAGCCUCCCAGUAUCAUCUUAUUUGUCUAUCAAUAUAGAGACCGGAAUUUUUUAUGCACAGAAAACAUUUGACUAUGAGCAAGACAGAGAGUUCCAAUUGCAAGUUACUGCUAGCGAUAGUGGUUCUCCAUCUUUGAGUGGCAAUGCCACAUUUACCAUUCGUAUUGUGGACCAGAAUGAUAAUGCACCAAAAAUCUUAUAUCCAUUGCCAGAAAGCGGUGGACAGUCUGUCUUUGAGCUGGUCCCUUUUUCCUCUGAACCAGAUUCUUUAAUAACAAAGGUGGUGGCAGUGGAUGCAGAUUCUGGACAUAAUUCCUGGCUGUCUUACCAUUUCAUACAAGUGACUGAGCCAUCUCAUUUUAUUAUCAAUGAGAACACUGGGGAAGUUAGAACAUCGCGUGCCUUUCAAGAAAAGGAUGGAAUGAAUCACAAGGUUGUGGUCAUGGUGAAGGACAAUGGUAUUCCCAUUUUGUCAGCAACAGCCACAAUACGUCUUGUUCUUGUAGACAGCUUUCAGCAGGUGGUUCCUGAGGUCAACAAUCAAAUAAAUGAAGCUUCUCAAACAGGUUUACAAUUGUAUUUAGUAAUUGCCUUAGCACUGAUUUCAUUUUUAUUCAUUGUGACUGUAAUGUUGGUCAUUAUAUCAAAAUACAGAGGAUCAAAGCAUACACCAACAUUUGGAUCACUAAGUACAAGUCUAUAUCCUCCGUCUGAUCCCAGAAUACUGUCCAUGUACAGUGAUGGAACAUUACCUUUUCCCUUAUCUUACAAUGUUUGUUUGGCUCUGGAUUCAGCUGAAAAUGACUUCACUUAUGUUAAAUCUGACCAAAAUGUCCCUGUGGAUAAUCUUAUUGAUGCUGGUGACUCAGCACAUGGAAAUGAUUGUUCAAAUAACGCUUUACAAUCUAGUGCUUUAAUUGAGCCAACAAGCAAUUUAGUUAUCAGUGUUGGAAUGUUAAAGUGUUGA